AGUACAUACUACGGGCACGAUCCUCGGAGUAAGUCAAAAGUACAACCGAGCGGACCUCGGAGGUACGGUAUACAUAUCCUUAUUUUUUGAUGCUCACGAGCGUCGUCGGUGAAUGCAGUAACCGGUAAGGCGGGGGGCGGAUGACUUCGGUUGUGGCGACGGAGCAGGCGAUCGCGUCGCCGACCAUGGACUCCCAGCAGUUGGUGAUGGAGAGCUCGGGGGCCAACGCCGCUGUGGACAAGGUCAGCCCCAAGCCGAUGGGCAGCGGCACGCCGAGGCACAGCAUCGACGCGAUCCUGGGAUUGUCCGGGCGUAAGCGCCGCCAACAGGAGAUGGAGGCUCUCAGCGAGUUGCAGGACAAUUUGACAGGUGAAAACAGUUGCAACCCAACGGGAAGCGGCAGCGACGACGAUCUGCAGCUGAAUUGCGCGGACGACAACAGCAACGGGCCCAGCAAAAAGAAGCACCGGCGUAACAGGACGACCUUCACGACGUACCAGCUGCACGAGCUCGAACGGGCCUUCGAGAAGUCGCACUACCCGGACGUGUAUUCGCGGGAGGAGCUCGCCCUCAAGGUCAAUCUACCGGAGGUUCGCGUGCAGGUAUGGUUUCAAAAUCGAAGGGCCAAGUGGCGUAGACAAGAAAAAAUGGAAGCUGCAAGACUCGGGCUCGGUGAUUUUCAACGCGAAUAUCAGCACAGCGCCCUUAUACGGAACGUGGGCAGUGGCGCGCUGAGCUUAGCGGGGGACCCGUGGCUCCACCCGUCUGGUCUGCUGAACGCCCUGCCCGGCUUCUUGGCGGGGCCACAGGCGGGCUACGCGAGUUACUUGACGUCCCCCAGGCGUCUACCUUCACCCCCGGCAGUCGCAGUUGCCGGCAACAUACUCACCGCAGGCGCCCUGAGCGGCGGUAUGGCAGCGAGUCACGGAGUGCAGCCACCGGCGAGCCCCCCGGGGAACCACGACCCGCGCACCUCGAGCAUCCAAGCCCUGAGGAUGAAGGCCCGGGAGCACGUCGAGAGCAUGAGCAAGGACCUCCAGCACAUCGUGCGCGCCAGCAGCCCCAGCAGAACGGCGGCCGUCGGGCCGCGCGACGACGCUUUCGUGCCCGUGUCGUGA